CAUUGAUGACGAGACAAGCAUUCAUUGCUCCCACCUCCACCAGGUUCCAAUUUGCCACAUUUUCCGUUGGUUUUCGGCACAGACAGCAUGGCGGACGCAGUGGUGGCAGAUGGGGAGCACGUUGUGGUGGAGCUGCUGGCACAGCCAGAGUUCAUCAAGGUCGUGCGUGUCUCAGGAACAAAGAAAGAGCGCCUUGGAAAGGUGACGUUCUCGUUGCAAGGUGCCAUCGGGCGGCCAUUCGGGGCUGUGUACGAAGUUGAUCGCGGUCGCCUCAUCCCAAAGCACGCCAGUGGCGAGGACACCAUCGAUGCACUGGUCGAAGAAGGCAACCUUGAGAAGGGCGCAGACAACCGCCACUUGAGGGACGACCGCGGCCACCAGGGCAUGUCGUCCACCCAAAUCUACGAUCUGAAGCAGCAAGGCGCAAAGCGAGAACAUGUGAUCAAGCAAAUUGUGGAGAGCAGCAAGACCUUCAAGUCCAAAACCGAGUACUCGCAGGCGAAGUAUCUUGCCCGCAAGAAGCGCCAGCACUUGACAGACGUGCGUGUGCUGAAACCAACGCUGCCAACUCUGUGGCGCGUGUACAGCCAGAAGGCGCCGCAGAAGAUCUGCUUCAUGCGCAACGAUGCCCUGGCCAUGCUCCUCCUCCGCGCGAAUGUUCGCGCUGGGGGGCGGUUCCUCGUCAUGGACACGUGCAACGGCCUUGUUGCUGCUGCCAUGGCUCAGAGGGUCGCAGCCGUGGAAGAACCCAAAACGUUGAAUCUUCUCCAGUUCCUUGGACAUUAA